AUGAUUCCCGGUGAAACCAAUAAGACGCAAAUGAUUCCCGGUGAAACCAAUAAAACACCAAUGAUUCCCGGUGAAACCAAUAAGACACCAAUGAUUCCCGGUGAAACUAGUAUUACACCAAUGAUUCCCAGUGAAACCAAUAAGACACCAAUGAUUCCCAGUGAAACCAAUAAGACACCAAUGAUUCCGAGUAAAACUAGUAAGACUCCAGUGAAAUGA